GGCGACGUAAAUUUGGUUUGCGUGAAAACGUCACUAACGGAUUUGUUACGCAUGACGUACCUCGAGUGGCGCUCAACUCGAAUUCCCAAACCCGAUUGCUUGUCAAAGCAAUGUUUAAGCAAAUAAUGUUUGGGGUAAAUACAAGGUAAUAACGGUCGGGCGUGGAUAAAAUUUUACGAGUGGUAUAACGAGAUACUGGACAAUAAUUAUGGACGCGUUUUGAGCAUGACAUAGCGAGAUGUCAGUAAUUCAUCCAGGCAGCAGCAUCAAUUUUGAUGCAGAGAAUCUUCAACAGAAUGAUGAUGAAGAUGAAAUGUUACAAGAGGAAUUAAGACAACAAAAAGAAUUGAGGGAACUUCUUUCUGCGGAAUUAUCAGACGAUUUGUUAGAUGAUGACCACUCAUCCGUGAAUGACAGCCACAGAUCAUUACCACAAGAUGUCAGCAAUGAGCAACAUGAAAGCGUGGAAUCACCAGUGAUAACUAGCACAGGCUGGAUGCAGAAUGGUGGUAACUAUAAUGUCACACAACCUAUCACAACAUCCACCUCUGAACCUUAUUAUGGAAGAAAUGGAUACGAUGUCAAUAUAAGGAAUCCAUACAAUUAUCAGAAUGGCCAACAACAAUAUUAUGAUCCUUCAUAUGAUAUUGUGACAUCACAAUCACAGCCACAAUGGCAUCAACAACAACAAGGAUAUGGGAAUAACAUGAUGUUUCAACAGAGUCGCGACAAUGGAGUUGGCCAAUAUAUACCUUAUCAGAAUGAAGUUCCUUCCCAUCAAAAUGGGGAAUACCCUUUUGCGGAGAGGGGUGAAGUAGAAGGAAUGGAAGAUUAUGGGGAGGUUUUGGAUGGAAAUCAUAUUCAACAACAACAAUUUAUUCAAUAUAAUCCGCAAAGAAAUGCUCACCCGAGCACAACUGACUCUUUAACCCCCUCUCCUGGUUCGAAAUUAUCAUAUCGACAAUCAUACCCACCUAAUACUUCGAAAUAUGGUAGGCCGAAACAUGACGAUUACAACAGAUAUGGACAUAACUCGCCUCACGAUAUAUCUGUUGAAAGUUCGCCUGCCGAUCCCGGUUCUAGAGAAAGAGAUAAACUGCAACAACAAUUUACCAGCGUAGCAAAUGAUGUCCGAGGAGAUAAUGGUCAACAGAUGGCGCAACUUCAAAUAUUAUACAAAGCAAGAGGCAAAAAGAUCGAUGAAAUAUCUCGAGAACUUGAAGAUUUAAAAAAUGAAUCUGCGAGAGAGAAAAGAAUUCUGAACCAUCAGCUUGCCAUGGCUAAAGAUCAAAAAGAUGGAAUGGGAACAAGCUUAGAAGAAUCUCAACGAUUAACUCAAUCAAAAGAUCGAGAUAUUGAAGAUUUAAGAUCAAGAUUAGAUUCACAACAUUCUGAAAUUGAAGCUUUGAAAUCUAAUAAAAAUGAGCUUUUAACAAAGAUCCAAGUUUCUGAACGAACUAUUGAAAGUCUUCAUGAACAACUGACACAAAUGAGCCACUCUGAGGCGAUAGAGAGAGCAAGAGAUCAACACGAUGCCGUACUCAAUGCUCAGACACAACGCCAUGAAAUGCAAGUUCUUGAAUUGACGACACAACUUGAUGAAUGCAGACAAGAAAUGAAUGAAAAGACUGAAGAAGUUGACAAACUCCGAUUUCAUCUUAAUAAAAUAUCUCGUGAAUCAGAACAAACAUUGCUUGAUAAAACAGAGACAAUAAACAGGCUGACCAAAAGUUUGGAAGAUGCUCAGAAUCAGUGCCAAGGCCUACUCGCUGGUUCAAGUGAAAAUGCAUUCGCUCGACAUCAAGUCGGUGAUUUAUUAGAAGAACGAAAGAAAAACGAAGAAGAAAUCGCCUGUUUGAAGAUGCAAGCCAGGGAUGCUGAAGAACAUCUGAAACUAUAUGAGAACGCACUUCAACUUGGAGCAUCGAACACUGGAGGGCCUCGUAACAUUCAUACACGGGGAGGAAGUUUGUCUGAUUCUCUCAGCGAACUCAUGAACAAUGAUGUCGCCAGAAAGUUAGAUUGGAAAACGCCAAAAAUUAAUAAGUCUCAAUCUGAAGAAACAAUCUCAGGAAGUCAAGAAGAAUUAAUUGAUGGGUUGAGGAGGGAAUUACAGAGAGCUUUGAAUUGUAAUAAAGCAAAGAGAGAUGAGGUCACAAAACUCAAACAACAAUGUUCCGAACUUGUUGAUGAAUCUUCUCACUGGAGAACGAGAGCCGAUGAAGCUAAAUCACAACUCAAACUUACCACGUCAACAUCAGCAGAGAGAGCUGACAUAGAAAACAAUCAAAUUCUAAUUCAAGAGUUUGAAGAAAAACUGAAGGAAGCACAAGAUGAAGUGGAAAGACUCGAACAAACCAACAGGGAAGUAAAACAAAGAAUGGUUGAAAUGAUUCAGGAACAUGAUCAGGAUAAACAGGAUGCCGUGGAAAGAUGUGAAAGAGCAUUGAUGCAAUUACAUGAAGAUGCAAAACAAACAUUACGAGAUGAAUUAAUGGCUGAACAUGAACAAAAACUUUAUGAAAUAUCAGUGGAAAACGAUGCAAGGAUCAGAGAGUUGAGUACUGAGCUGGCAGAGCUUCAGCAUGAAUUGCACGAUGUCAAACAAAGUUACGUUCAUGUUUGUGCAGAGAAAGAUAAUAUUCAAUCAAAUGUGCAACAGGAAUUAACUGAACAAUAUGAAAAGGAAAAAGAAGAAUUUGCCACUGAUCAUGAAAAUGCAAUAAAGAAACUUGAGAAAAUGUUGAGCGAUUUGGAAAUUGAAAUGAAUGUGAAGAUAAAAGAAGAGAAAGAGAACUGUGAGGGCGAGUGGGAGAAAGAAAGAGAGAAAAUAAUCGGAGAGUUGAGAGAUGAGUGGGAAAAAGAGAAAGAAGGGGAAUUUACACAGAGAAUAGAAACUCAGAUUGCUCUUGCUAAAGUGAACUGGUUUGAAGAAUUUUCCAAUUCCAAACAGAAAGCGAUUCAUACUGCAGUGAAAGCAGAGGAAGAAAAAUGGAAUAAGAGGAUUGAAGAGCUCAGGCAGGAUUGGGAAGAGAAGAAAAACCAUGAAUUAGAAAGAAAAAUGAAUGAAGAGCAAGAAAAAUGGAAUUUACUGAAGGAAGAAGAAAUUCAAAAACUUCAAAAUGAAUUUCAAUCUGAAAAAGAAUCUGCUGUUAAAAUGGCAACAUGUAUGGCCGAGCUUAACAAGACCUUACAUAAGGAAAACAUUGAAGAAGAAUCCAGGAUGAAUUUUGAAAAGCAAUUGAAAGAAGUGGAAGAAUCAUGGAUGAAAGAAAAGGAUGAAUUGAUGAAGGAGGCAAGAAAAUCUUGGGAGCAGGAAAAAGAAAAAUUGAUUCAAGAUGUGGUUGAGGAAACUAGGAAGAAAAUGGAAGAUGAUGCUGAGAAUGAAAGAAAAACACAGAAAUCUGUGAUGGAGAAAGCAAUAUUUGAAGUGAAGAAAAUUUGUAACGAAGAAAAACAAAAUUCACUGAAACAGAAAAAUAUUGAAAUGGAACGAGAGAUAAAAAUACUUCAAGAACAACACAAAACAGAUUAUGAAAUGUUUGUGGAUGAACACAAGAAAACUUUGGCUUCGUUCCUACAACAAGAGAAAAGUAAAUCGAUAACAACUUCUACUGUGACUAAGGAUUCUUCAACACAAGCUGAGAUGGAAGUAUCACAUCAAACAAAUAAUUACGAAACGAAAGAAAAAACAUGGAAAUCUGAAAGAGAAGAAAUUAUUAACAAGAAUAAGAAUGAAUUGGAUGAAAUGCAAAGAAAAUUUGAAGCAAAAUUCGAAGAACUUCGUAAUGAAAUUGAACAAUUGAUGAAAGAGAGGAACGAAUUAUCUGAAGAAUUGAAAAGAAAUGAAAGCAGAAAACAUAUCGAGGAUAAAAAAGCAUCUUUAACCAAUCAGCUUGAGCUCUCUCAUCUACAAUUAGAAAACGAGAGAUUGCGUGCCGAAAUGAAAGCAUCAGAAUCAAAAGUUGAAAAAUUAUCCGAAAAAAAUACAAAUGAUAUAAAUCGACUAAAAGAAAGAAUGAGAGAUGAAUACAGAAGAUGGAAGAAAGAACGUUCUAGUCUCGUUUCAAAAUUAAAAGAAUCAUCUUCAAGCCCACAAGUCAAUGCUUCACCUGUUCCUAAUAUGCAAGACACACCGUGCAAAUUCUGUCAAUCAUCGCAAGAAAAUAAAGAAGAAAUUUUGAAACAUAAAGAUGAAGCAACAAGGAAAGCUAUUUCUGAGUUGACAGAGAUUUAUGCAGGAACGUUGAAGAUGAUAAAAGACGAAAUGAUGACGUAUAUAGGUGAGAGCAGAUGUCGGACUAAAGAAACAAUAUCGAGAGAGAGAAAUCAUACAGCAAGCAAAUUGAAAACACAUUACAAUAAAGUAUUGAACAGAGUCAAACCUGAGAAAGAUAUACAUGCUCAACUUAUACAAAGAUUGAAAUUAUUGGAAAGCGACACUGACAGUCGACCAGAAACACCACAGACUUCAACUUCAAGGAGAAAUUCUUCUUCUGUCCCACAAUCCAGCAAUUCAUACAAUCCAAGUAUUGCAUCCACGUCAGGAAUAUCUCGUUCAGAUCUAGUUUCUACGACAAACAAACCAACUUUGUCACAAAUUAACCAUUUCUCAAACCAAUAUGAUGAUGUUAACCAUUUACCGACAAAAUUAACCCCAGAAUUACACCGGAAUCAGCAACAAAGUGCUUUUAAACCACCAAUUUUGUCAACAAGACAACAAAGUGUUAAUAACCCAGUUUUAUACGGAUUUGAAAGACAAAAAAGUACAGAAUUUCAACCUCAAAAUGUUUCAAAUUUACCAAUCAGACAAAAAUUAACGAAAGAGAACUCCUCUGAUAGACCAACCUCUCAAAAUUUUCACUCCUACGUAAGCGAAAGAGACUCUAGAAGUCAAAGUUCAUGUCAAAGCCAACAAUUUUCUUCAAAAUAUCCGCCAGUUUUAGCGAACAUUGAUUUUUCACCAAGACGUACACGAAGUGAUAACUUCAAUUAUUCUCAGUAUAGAGAUUUAAGAACGCCUGGUAGUGCUUCGAUGGGUGGAACAUAUAAACCAACAAGGCCGUAGUGUUGUUCAUAACAUAUUGGACAGCCUACUGGCUCGCGGUUUCACCCAGUUAUUUGUAUCUGGCCUUCCUGUAUUAAAGGUUGCAUAUCCCUGGCCUGCCUAAUGCAACGAAUAUUUAAUUAUUCUUCUCACCCUAAUAUUAUAUCAGUUACAAGUUCUGUACGAUUCAAACUUUUCUCUAUGCCAGUGGUUCCCAAAGUUGAUUGACUGGGGGCCAAAAUUAGCAGCAGAAGGACAAUCGCGUGCCAGUAUCUGUACGUAUAAUUAAGAUACCAGUACACAAAUUUGCUAUGAAUAUUCACAUGUUUAAACUGUAAUAAUGAAGUACCAAUUGGCGGUAUCUAGAAUGCAAAAAGGUGGAAACAUAAAAUGGUAAACUAAUUCACUUAAGUUCGAUAGGCCAGCCAUAUUAAAUUGUUACUUCGGCCAUAAUUGGCUUGCGGUUUGGAAACUACUGCUUCAUGCUAACAAAAAUGAACUUUUUGUCUGGCUGAAGUCAAACUUCUGCGAACAGCAUAUGUCAGCUAUCACCUCUGUCAAACGAAAUAUCCAGCAAGACUCCUCGAGUUGUGAGUUGUAUAGGUAUAUAUUUUUUUCAGUUGUGAUCUGAUCUUGAAGGCGCUCAGGAAGUGUGUAUACCAAUAUGUUUCAUUAUGUGAAGAACCGAUACCCAGGGAAAUGGUUGAGUUACCAAACUAAAUAAGGGGAAUGUACGAAAGGGGCAACAACAGCUUGCUAAUACUAAUGACUCGUGGACUAAACCUCACUCCUGACAUGACGGAAUAUAUUCUUAUGACUCAAUAGAAGAUAUAAGGGUAUUUGCCCUGGUACACGUACUACAGGAGUACCAUCUUGAAGGCACAGGCGUUCUGUCAUAAAGCAACAUUGUUACAUCUCUUGUUAGAUCAUUUUAUGAAAUGUAUAAUUUAUUAUUUUGAUAUGCUUUUUUCAUUUAUAUUUUAUUCCACUGUAGGUUUUUUAACUAAGAAAAUAAUUGUUGUAAAAAAGCCAAAGUCAUGGCUCACUGGUAUAAUAGUUCGACAAUGAUAGUAUAAUAUACAUGAUGACCAUAAUUUAUAAUUUAAAAAUUUUAUUGAAAAGUGAACGAUUGUGAAUUGUAAAGAUAGUUAGGGACGCUCAUAUUUUAAACCAGAAUAGGCCUUUUCACAAAGCUAUGGCUGAUAUCCAUUGAGUUAUUAAUUUAAGUUGGACUUUUUUCAUUUCAACUGCUACAUCUAAGACACCAGAAAUUUUUUGUGAUAGAACUCGAUAUCAUAACUGCUUGUAUACGAGGUCUUGUUCAAAUGAAACAUAAAUAUGUCAGCCAAUAUGUUUUUCAUUGUCCCAAUCGUAUCUGCAUGAUAAUUAAACGUCUCUCUCUGUUUUACCGUUUAAUUAUUAUGCAGUUACUGUUACAUUUUUGAGGCAAAUAAACAUACAUACAAUUCUUUGAUGAGUAAACAUUAAAUUAGGAUUUAUACAAUAUCCUUGUUCCAUAGAUGAACCAUUGUAAGCCUUGUAAAGUAUCGAUUUAUUCUCGAUGCAUAAUUUUGUAAUUAUUUCUUCAACACUUUUUCAUGUUUUGUAUUCUUGCUGCUAUCAUUAACCAAACCGUAUGUUUCAUUCAUCAUAUAUUUUCAUAAUAUUUAUGUUUUUUUAUUAAGUAGUCCGAAAUGGUAAUGGUUAUAGGCUUAAAUAGAAUUCAGUAAUAAUUGA